AUGCCAAUGUUGGCCCGUUACUCGAGCUGGGCGAGAUUACUCUCUCGUAUCGGACAUCUUGAGAGGAGCCUCUCAUAUCAGCUUCAUCUCUCAGUAGCAACGUUCGAAAUCCAAUGGUCGAGCCAGCUGCUUUCUUUUGUCCCCGCUCAAGAGUCCUCUGCAUGCCAGAGACUCAUCUCUGGCGGCAACUUGUCUAAAGGUUCCCAGGCCUAUGUCAAGGACACGUCCUUCAGGUCCCCAGGAGAAAACAGGGUUAACCUCGGAUUCCUGCGACUAGGGGGGAAUAAUUGGACGUUGGAAAUUUCCGCCAUGGUACUCAGCAUCGCCUCCCUCGCUGCCAUUGUCGUUCUCCUGCCCUUGUUUGAGAACAAGCCUGUGACGCAGUGGUCAUUUCCUCUAUCGUUCAACGCCAUGGUCUCCAUCCUGGGAGCAACAUCUCGAGUAUCACUUGGGUUCACAAUCAGCGCUUGCAUCAAACAGGGGAAAUUGAAUUGGUAUCGGAAGAGGAAUGACGACGUGAUGGUUUUGACCGCUUCGAAGAGACCAGCCGCGGUCCUUGGGCAAGCAAAUUGGACUGCACUUGGAGCUAUUUCAGCCGUUUUGCUGGUGUGGUUUGAACCCUUCCUCCAAGCUGUCAUCGCGUUCUCGGGAGAAGCAAUGGACGUCAGGGCCUCUUCGGCAGUGGCCGGAAUAGGCAGAAUCAAAAGACUAGACGUUGGGAUCCAUAAUUACGGAUAUUCUAUCGGAAGUUCUGCGCAUCCUGAUUUUCCUCAAAUCGCUGUCCAGGGCAUGCGGUCCCAGUACGACUUCGGGGCUCUCGCAGCCGUCUGGGAAGGCUUUUCGAACCUGAGCACCGUCCAAACCUUGGCAGCAGGAUCUAGUUGCCCAACGGGGAAUUGCACAUGGGAUUCAUAUGCAUCACUGGCGGUUUGUAGUGCCUGCCACGAUGUGUCGUGCCACAUCACUCAGUCCAGCGGAAAGGCGGGCCUGACUGACAGCGCCAUCACACUUUUCCUACAUCCAGCCAUGACUAUCUUCGUCGACAAAAAGACAUAUCCGUACACUAGGUAUAAGAUCGCUGGCAUAGACGUCAGCAUAUCCAACUACCAUGGGAUUGCCCGAUCCUCCAUCUACGGCGACAAGAUACGGGACGACGAGUACCAGACUGCCUCGAGCUUUAUGAUUGGAGCGGAGUUGACAGCUAGGGCAACGUGCAAUCCAGGCCAAACCCUUUCCUUUACGGACUCAAAGACGCUUUUCAUCUCCAACGCAGUCUUGCAAGCAAGCGUGAAGUACCGGGAAAGACUUCAACCCUGGGAACAGAGCAAAAUAACCGCCGAAGAAUGUGCCUUGUUCUUCUCCUACGAUCAGCAUACCAACUAUUCUCUCUACUCCGGGCCACGGGAUAUGGUGAGGACGGAUUUACAACUGGUCAUUCCCAGAGAAAGGUACGCGGUCACCACUGGGUUCCACGAGGACGAUGACCAACCCUUCAACAUAUCCUUUGAUACAGUUGGCUCUGUCGGAAGAUGGCUUCUAGAAGAGUUUUCCCAGUAUCGCCCCCCAAGACAAAACGAGAUGCUUGCGUAUCCAACUUAUGGGGGAGAGCCGCCCGUGCUACAAGGCCUGGCCACUUCGGCCAACAUUGCAAAAACAUUCGAAAACGUUGCUGCCAGCCUGACCAAGUGGAUGCGCAACCGCUCGUUACAAACGGAGCCUUUUGUUGGGACGACCAAACAAUGGGUGGUUCAGGUCAAAAUCAACUGGGCUCUCUUAUCAAUGCUCUUAGGAGCGCUUCUGGGGGGUUGCGUUUCUGUCUGGUGUCGAUUUCGGAGACUCGUGGGCUGGUGCGCCCGGCAUGGAAAGGAACCUCGCUGGCAACUCUCGCCCAUGGCCUCGACUACGAUUCCAGGGCGCUCCUGCGGGAAGUUGCAAGUGACGGCGAGUCUCGGAUCGCCGAAGAAUCAAUGCAAUUUUGAUAUCAGAUUUGUAGACUCGGACGGCGGUCUGGAGCUGGUUCAUAUAAAAGAAAACAGGGCGGCACUUGGGAGAACAGGCUAA